CGGUAUUACAAAAAGGAAAAGGGGAAAGAAAGUCGGGAUCAUUCUCGAUUGUCAGCAGACGACUUUUUAAACAUUAGAAGGGACGCAACUUAAAAUCGGCGACAUUCUCUCUCACCUGAGGAGAAUGACAGUCACAGCUGCACAGGCAGACCAAUCGCAGCAAAGUUUGACUGGAAUUUGCAUCGAUUGGGAUUCAGGUUUGAUUGCAUGUCGCAAUCGAUGACCAGGGCCAGUUUACACGUUUACCUGAGAUAUGCGGGGACAUUUCGGAACAAGAGCGCGUAACGGAUUUUAUCGAUAACAAUCGCUUGAUUGGACUGGGGUCUUGUAAACAACCCAUGUCAAAUUGAUUAUCAUAGGUCAUGGGUCAACUUGUGUUCAAUAAUAGGUGUUUAUAUCAGGAGUGAAAGGAAAAUGGGAAGGGACGACAGUACAAAUUGUGUGGAGGCCCACUCCCUUCUGAAUGGGCUGUGUAUGGAAUGUUACGUCAUCUUGCUGACCAUUCUAGAUGUGCUGUGUAUCACAACAGAACUCAUCAUCAGGCUCGGGAUAAUCAAAGACCCAAAUGCAGAUCCCACUGAGAGUCCAGCAUUGGCGACCACCUCCACCCUGAACCUCACUAACGUGACGUACAAGCCUGACCCCGGGGGCAGCUGCCAGCAGUGUUCCGUGGAGAGUUCUGUGGAGAUAGCGCACUGUGUAGCCCACUAUACCAGUGUCACCAUCUCGUGUGUGUUCACUAUAGAAGUGGUAUCACGAGUUGUAGCUGGUUGUCCAGGGUGCUGGAAAGAUUUUCUAAAUGUGUUUGAUGGCCUGGUGGUGCUGAUGGUCUGCGCUAUGGAGCUCCUGUUCACCAUCUUCUGGGACGAGGUCCUUUGUUAUGAUGAGGCGGUGGAGGCAGCCACCUACUUAAUCGUCCUACGUUUUUGUCGAAUUCCAAGAGCCUGUAGUGUUCGUAAACGAAGAUAUGCCGAGCGGCUGGAGAACGAGAUGCAUUAUCUGAGGAAAGCGAAAUCCAAAUCAGAGGAACAUUCCAGAGAACUGACGACAAAACUGAAAAGACAGCAGAGAGAGUUAUUUGAAUUGCAAAACCGGCUUUCAUCAAUAUCCAUGAGUUUCUCCAAUGAAAAUAUUUCAUCUCAAUCCAUUAGCGAUCAGAGUACUCCCCAGAUAAGCAAUGGAACCUUACCAAACGGAUUUCAUACCACUCAUCUUGAUGAGGUGGACUCCAUGACGUCAUCAAAUACCAUUCCCAAACAAGCGGAUAUUAUUACAGAAACCAAAGAAAACGAUUCAAAGGAAUUAGCCUCAAGGCAAAGUAGUGUGCAAUAUAGUUCUCUUCUCAGUGAAAUAAACUCAAAGCGAGAGCAAAUUCACAAUAAAAGUCUCAAACAAAAAUCAGGGAGCUCUCGCAAUACUUCUCCGAAAAAAGAAGCAGAACACCCGGAAGUGAUCUACUCGAACGCGCACGAAACCACCUAUAUGAACACUACAGGGAUGUAUGACGGGGGCGGGGGGAGUCCAAUCGACAGUAAAGCAGCCGACAUUGUGUUCCAGCUGGACAAAAUCAUUCGUGACAAUCAGUCCAAUGGUGUCGCAACCGCAUUUAGAGAUUCUGCACAGUCCGCCCAUUCUGUAGAGACGGACGACGACGAAGCGCAGUUAAUUAGAAGAAGCUACGGAAAGUCCAAUAACCACGUCCGGGCCUCUUUUGCCGGGAGGGAGAACAAAGCUUUCAGCAUUGGGGAGAAGACCCGGGCCUCGUUCACCGCCCGCGAUAGUCGGGCUCAUUUUUCAACCCGACAGGAUUUCAAUGAAGAAGUCAGAAUGAGAAAUCUGGAGGUCAUGGCCGAAUACGAAGGGACGAGAACAUAUCGCAGUGCUGAGGGCAUUCCACUGACUGACCUUUAGAUGUUUUAUCCAAUCAGAAUGCAUCUUUAACCUGCUGGACCAGGGACCAACAAAGCGCGAAUCUUAUUCAUAAACAACCUCAUUCAAAACUAAAUACAAUUGUUUCUUUAAAUCGUAAGAUUUGAUCUGAAUAGAAAUUUUAACCAUAUAUUAGCAUAUUUUCGCAGAGCACCAAAUGAUUCUUUUUUUCAUGAUAAAGAAAAAAAAAUCUCAUGGAUACCCAAGAUUGCUAUGUAAUAAAAUUCAUGUAUGUAUCAAACAAGCCCUAAAUACACCCAUCUUAUAACUUACCGUGGCUUGUCUUUGUUGAUCAAUCUUUCGUUCAUAUGUCUAAUUACCGGCAUUUUCUUACCAUACAUCAUAUGAUAAUUAAAAGUGAAAGUAUGGUCCAAUGUUAUAUAUAUAUAUAUUUCUCUGUGAUAAUAUUUUUCGUUACAACUUGUAUGUAUUUCCAUUUGUUGGAGAGAGAGCUGUGACCACGGAUAAUUAGCAAAGCUGGAAUGCAGGUCGUUUAGCGGUGCUCUAUAAUUAGAUUUACAUGUAAUAUUAAUUUUCAAGUUACUGUGAUUUUACAUUGAAUAGCAAUACAUCUUUUGUUUUGGUCCAUUUUUUUUCAUUAUAUUCUUCCAUUGAAACAUGUUAUCCUUCCAAGUUGUACCCAUUGAUGUGUUUCAUUAUAUAUAUGAAUUAGUAUGAAUUGAUGUUAUAACCUACGUGAUGACCCCACCUUCUAUAGACGGUUCCACUCAGGACCCAUACGGCUGGAGUUCAGUAUAUAGAUGUCUAAUUCUAUAUGUGCUUUCAUAUUUUUGUAUUGUUGUAUAUUGUAGAGACUAUUAAAACUUAUUGAAUAUCAUCAUUUUUAUGGUUAGUUACAUUUGUUAUAGCAAAAUAUUUUGUUUCCGAUUUGUCACAAUAAAAAAUGUUAUGUAA